AUGUGUGGGUUUAGUUUAUUUAAAGAGCCAAAGGCGAUUCUGUGCGGAAAACUGCAGUAUUUUGCCACCAACUUCAACGGCAAACUCAAGAGUCCAGCGUCUUGCAUGGAUGUAACAUCAUGGAUGUUGCCCAUCGAUGCAACACCAAACCGCAGGACGUUUCAGUCGUAUCCCAGUGCCACCGCCGCGCUACCCGUUGCGGCAGGCCGCAGUGGGUACCUCGGACCGGCCGUUCCUGACGCUCCGGCGGCAAAACGCUCAUCCAUCUCUGGGGAACAGUUUGCAAGAAAGAAGUUUUGGUAUGACAGUCCUGCCCUGGGAUCUAAAAUGAUGUAUAAACCAACCAAGUUGGCUUCUUUAAUGACUGAUGACCAGACAAAAACUAGGAAAGAAGAUAACAUACGCUGCAGAGUCUUGAAUGGUCUUAUUCAUAAAGCUGUGGCAGAGAUGCUGACUACCUGUGAAGUUAAUCAAGAACUUUAUGAUCUCAAGCUGGAAAUCUGCAAGGUGUCCCUGGCAUCAAACUUUUCAGCAUGUCGUGUGUACUGGAAUCCUGCUGCUACUACGGAGAAAGACAGUUAUGUUGAAAGUGUACUACGGAAGAGUGCUCCACGUAUACGGUACCUUCUGACGAGUCAGCAGAUUCUAGGAAAUGUACCCCCAAUAGUAUUUCUAAAAGACAAAGAAGCUGCAGCUGUAAAAGAGAUUGAGGAAUUACUGUCAAUUGCUGAUUUUGGACCUCCAGAAGAAGAAGAAGAAACAUCUCAAAACGAUUCAAGUAAAGUGUUCUCUUCAGCAACUCAAUCUUCAGAUUCACCCAUGCAGUCUAAUCUUUUUGGUAUUGAUCAUGAACUGCUGAAUAAGCAGAUAAUGGACUACAAAAGACUGAAAGUGUCAAGAAAUGUAGAAAGCGUUGCCUGGACAGAAGAGCAGAAGCAGCAGCUUUCUAAGAUUCAAAAGAAAAUGAAAAAGAAAAAAGCAAAGAAUCCUCCUGAUGAUGACAUUACACCACAGAAAUACUUACUCGACAGAUACGAAGCUGAUUACUGGGAUGAUAAUACUGAAUCAUUCUCGGACUAUGAGCUGGAGGAUGAAUUACAGGAAGAAGUAAAUGAAUUGGAGGCAGAUGAUGGCAAAACUCUAAGUCAGCCUACUGAUAAACUGAAAUGA